GCUCCGGGUUUACCCUGGGCGCAGGCGCAAUAGGGAUUGGCGGGUUUGAAUACCAUGGCGUGGGUUCCAGCCGAGUCUGCGGUGGAAGAGUUGAUGCCACGGUUGUUACCUGUGGAGCCCUGUGACUUGACGGAAGGCUUCGAUCCCUCGGUGCCCCCCAGGACGCCUCAGGAAUACCUGAGGAGGGUGCAGAUCGAAGCGGCUCAAUGUCCAGACGUUGUGGUAGCCCAAAUUGAUCCGAAGAAGUUGAAGAGGAAGCAGAGCGUGAAUAUUUCUAUUUCAGGAUGCCAGCCUGCCCCUGAAGGUUAUUCUCCAACACUUCAGUGGCAGCAGCAACAAGUGGUACAGUUUUCAGCUGUUCGACAGAGUGUGAACAAGCAUAGAAAUCACUGGAAAUCUCAGCAGUUGGAUAGCAAUGUGACAAUGCCAAAAUCUGAAGAUGAAGAAGGCUGGAAAAAAUUUUGUCUGGGUGAAAGGUUAUAUGCUGAAGGGGCUAUUGGACCCUCUACAAAUGAAAGUCCUGGGAUUGAUUAUGUACAAAUUGGUUUUCCUCCCUUGCUUAGUAUUGUUAGCAGAAUGAAUCAGGCAACAGUUACUAGUGUCUUGGAAUAUCUGAGUAAUUGGUUUGGAGAAAGAGAUUUUACUCCAGAAUUGGGAAGAUGGUUUUAUGCUUUGUUGGCUUGUCUUGAAAAGCCUUUACUACCUGAAGCUCAUUCACUAAUUCGACAGCUUGCAAGAAGAUGCUCUGAAGUUAGGCUCCUGGUGGGCAGUAAAGAUGAUGAAAGAGUUCCCGCUUUGAAUCUGCUGAUCUGCUUAGUUAGCAGGUAUUUUGACCAGCGUGAUUUAGCUGAUGAGCCAUCUUGAUAAAGCCUAUCUCCUGGGGAUGGAAAAUAGUUCUUGGAAGGCAGUCUAAGUCUGAGAAAGCAUAAUGGCAAUUUGAAGACAGAGUGCAUCACUUCUUCAACACCAUGUGAAGUGUUUCAUCUUAAUCUGUAACUCAAGUUGAUAUUCAGAAUAUAGACAAUAUUGGUUUGAGUGUCUGAAAUAGCUAAGGAAAAGCCCACGGGGCAUUUGAUGAACAGUUGCAAUAGCUUCUUCAGUCAUGUGCAUUGAAAAUAGACCAAGUGUGACUUAUUACUUAAGCAGCUUGCAUAAAAACAUGAAAUUUUAUACAAGUCCCUGGUGCUGUUUCAUUGUUUGUUUACAAAUAUACAUAAGUAUUUAUGUUGAAAUGUAUUUUGACUACUCAAAUUUCAUUUGGCUCUUGAACAAAAUAAAAGACAGUUGAUGUCCUUAGAA